AUGAAUGUUGCGGUCGGCUCCAUGUCCAAUCCGGAGGCGUGGCAGGGGCUCGCCCACUUUUGCGAGCAUAUGCUCUUCCUCGGCACGGCCUCCUACCCCGACGAGGGAGACUUUGAGUCGUACAUCGCCUCAAAUGGCGGCUCCAACAACGCAUACACCGACUCGGAGGAGACGGUCUACUUUUUCGACGUGGGCGCCGGCGCGCUGCCGGGCGCGCUCGCGCGCUUCUCCGACUUUUUCGCGGCGCCGCUCUUCACCGAGUCUGCGACGGCGCGCGAGGUUGCGGCGAUCGAGUCGGAGCACUCGAAAAACAUCCAGUCAGACGGCUGGCGAACCGAGCAGCUGCUGCGCGCCACGCGGGGCGUGUCGGGCCACCCCUACAACGGCUCGCCGCAUACCUGCUACCACCACGGGACUGAACCCACGCUCGAUUCGAGACUCUGGAGGUGCCUCCCCGUCGCCGACUUCGACACGUGGCUCGCCUGCAAGCCGCAGGGAAGAACAUGGCUCGUCUGCAAGCCGCAGGUCGCCCUCUCGCAGCUGCUCACCGCGCGCGCCGACGGGUCCCUCCUCUCCCUCCUCAAGAGAGAGGGGCUCGGCACGGCGAUCGAGGUCGGCGUCGAGGAGCAGACGCGCUCCUUCGCCGUCGUCACCGCCUCGCUCGCCCUCACCGAGGCGGGCCUCGCCGCGUGGCCGACGGCGAUGGGCCACCUCUUCUCCUAUUUGCGCCUAUGCCGCGAGAAGGGCGCGCUUGCACAGCUUGGCUUCCGCUACGCCGAGCCGUCGCAGCCGCAGGCCUUCGUCACCGCCACCGCCGCGUCGAUGCCGCUCUAUCGGCCCGCCGCAUGGCUGAGCGGGCCAUCCUUGCUCGAGGGGGCGGGGGGUCCGCCCACCCUCCGCCAACUGCUCGGCGGGAUGACGCCUCGCGCCGCGAUGGUCGAGGUCUGCGCCAAGGAGGUGGCGCCCAAGGCGCCGCUGAGCGAGCCCAUCUACGGAACGCGGUACGGCCGGCUGCCGAUCGAGAUGCCACUCCGGGCCACUUCGGCUGAUCUCGCGGCAUCUUGGGGCAUCAGGUACGGCCGGCAGCCGAUCGAGGGCGAGGCGUACUUUUUGUGGCGCUCGCCCGAGUUCUACACGUCGGCGCGCACCGCAGUCACCGCCGAGCUCUUCGCGGGCAUGCUCGCGGAGGUGCUGCAGGAGGCGACCUAUGAGGCGGCGCAGGCAGGCCUGGUCGCGGCGUCGGGCGUGAGCUCAGACGCGUUUACGGUCCAGCUGGGCGGGUACGACGAGCGGCUCCCCGCGCUCGCCACGCUGGUCGCGUCGACGGUCCGCUCGUUUGAGCCGACGCCGGCUGCCUUCGAGCGCAAGGUCGACAUCUUGCGCCGCCAGUUGCGCGACGCGGAGCGGCGGCAACCGAUCUCGCUCGCCGGCUACCGGCGCGGGCUCGCGCUGCAGCCCGCGCGCUUCUCCAACGAGCAGCUGGCGGCGGCGGCGGGAGAGGAGGGCGUGCUGCGCGAGGCGCAGCUGGAGGCGUUUGUCGCGGGCAAUCUGCGCGAGAACGAGGCGGCCGAGAUGGUGCGGGGCGUUCGCGCCGCGCUGCCGGCGGCGCCGCUCGCCGCGGAAAGGUUGCCCAUCCGCCGGCUGCGGCGGCUGCCCCCGGGCGGCGCGACGCGCCAGUUCCUGGCGGGCAACCCCGAGGAGCCCAACGGGGCGCUCGAGAUGUACCUGCAGGUGGGCCCCGACGAGGGCGACGAUUGGCUGCACCUGCUGCUCCUCUCGCAGAUGAUAGACAAGGCGGCGACGCCGAGCGCGGUCUAUGCUGAGCUGCGCACCAAGCAGCAGCUGGGGUACAUUGUGCAGUGCGGCUCCACCGAGGCGGACGGAGUGCGUGGCCUCGUCUUCAUCGUGCAGUCGUCGGUGCAGCCGCCGCCCGAGCUGGAGGCGCGGCUCGAGGCUUUCCUCCGCCUCUUCCGCGGCACGCUUCUGCUCACCUCGGACGAGGAGCUAGACACCUACCGCGAGUCGCUCGCGGCGCAGAUGCAGGACGUCGACCAGCGAGCCGACGGGCAAGCCUCCCGCCUCUGGGCGGAGGUUGCGACGCGCCGCUACGACUUUGGGCGGCCGUGGCGCUCGUCCAAGCGGAUGCGCCGCGUGACGCGCGACGGGCUGAUCGGCUUCUACGACAAGUACAUCGCCGCGGGCGGCGCGGGCCGCUGCCGGCUCUCGACGCACGUCUUCUCGCAGCGCAGCCCGCCAAAGGGGCCGCUCCGGGACGACCCAUUGCCCGACGCGUUCUUCCCGCCGACCGCCGACGGGUUCGGAGUCGACUGGGCUGCGGACCGCGCGGUUGUCUAGUAGCAGCGCGCCGCGGCCACCGUUCCAAUGUGCCGUUCCCCGAGCGGAGCUGAUGCGACCUCCUCUACACGCAACGUCUGCUGGAAGAUAUUCAUCUGUACUGGUAGAGGGUAGUUGCAUGGAACACUCCCCGUGUCGCGGCGGGCUCACGGCUUCUACCACGCCUGCUCAUCCUCGUCCGACUCCUUGAACUUUUUUACAACUGAA